AUCAUUAAACGGUGUGGCAGUUUCUCCGGUGUCUGAUCUUGGAAGGGGAGUUUCUGUUGCGGCUUGAAUGAGGUGGAUGCUGCUCUGUUGCAGCUGGAAGGACGAACGCAUGGGAGAGGAGGAAGCUGGUGGGAGGUUACCGGUGUGUGCGGGCUGCAGACAACACAUAUAUGAUGAGCAAUAUCUACAGGCGCUCAACACGGACUGGCACACGCUGUGUUUCAGGUGUUGUGAGUGCGGGGCAUCCCUCUCUCACUGGUACUAUGAGAAGGACGGCCGUCUCUUCUGUAAGAAAGACUACUGGGUGAAAUUUGGCGAGUUGUGUCAUGGCUGUUCGGAGCCCAUCACCACCGGACUGAUCAUGGUUGCCGGAGAACAGAAAUAUCACCCAGAAUGCUUCACGUGUCUGAACUGUCAUGCAUUCAUUGGUGAUGGAGACACGUACGCUCUGGUGGAGAGGUCCAAACUUUACUGUGGUCACUGUUAUUAUCAGACUAUCGUCACUCCAGUCACUCUGCCGGACUCUCCAUGCUCCAGAAUUCCUCACACAGUCACUCUGGUCUCUAUUCCCGCCUCCACUGAUGGCAAACGUGGACUCUCCGUCUCCAUUGAUCAGGGACUCAGUUCUUAUGGUUACAGCCCCGAACACAACCACACCGUCAGAGUGGCACAGGUGGACUCAGAGUGCAUCAGUCCAGAUGUGAAGAACUCUAUUCAUGUUGGUGAUCGAAUCCUAGAAAUCAACGGAACCCCUAUUCAGAACGUUCCUCUAGACGAGAUUGAUUUACUCAUUCAGGAGACGAGUCGACUGCUUCAGCUGACUAUCGAACAUGACCCUCAUGAACCCAGGCCCUCAGAGGAUCAGGUGGAUGGCCCAACACCGCUGUCUGAGGGACCGAGCCCCAUCACGCCCAUCACGCGACCCCCGAGCCAGGGCAUUAACAACCUGCGCUCACGCAUAAUCACGCGUAGCUACAGUAUUGAUAAAUCACCAUGCUCCAGUAACACGCCGUCACCACUGUCUCAGAGGAAAGACAUCGGCCGCUCAGAGUCACUGCGAGUCGUGUCAAACCCGACACACAGAAUAUUCAGAGCGUCUGAUCUCAUUCAUGGAGAGGUGCUUGGGAAGGGCUGCUUUGGACAAGCCAUAAAGGUGACACACAGAGAGACAGGUGAGGUGAUGGUGAUGAAGGAGCUCAUUCGAUUUGAUGAAGAAACACAAAGGACCUUCCUCAAAGAGGUGAAGGUGAUGCGAUGUUUAGAUCAUCCUAACGUGCUGAAGUUCAUCGGCGUCCUCUACAAAGACAAACGGCUCAACUUCAUUGCUGAGUACAUCAAAGGAGGAACCCUAAGAGAAAUCAUCAAGAAAAUGGACAGUAAUUAUCCGUGGAAACAGAGAGUGAGUUUUGCCAAAGACAUUGCGUCUGGAAUGGCAUAUCUGCACUCCAUGAACAUCAUCCAUCGAGAUCUCAACUCACACAACUGUCUCGUCAGAGAGAAUAACAGUGUUGUGGUGGCGGAUUUCGGUCUGUCUCGUCUCAUGGUGGAGGACAAGCACCAAGACAAACUGUCAUCUGGACAGAUCCCGAGUGUGAAGAAACCCGACCGGAGGAAGAGAUACACUGUGGUGGGCAACCCAUACUGGAUGGCUCCUGAGAUGAUACAUGGAAAGAGUUAUGAUGAGCGAGUAGACAUCUUUUCCUUCGGCAUCAUGCUGUGUGAGAUUAUAGGGCGAGUCAACGCUGACCCGGACUAUUUGCCCCGGGCGAUGGAUUUCGGGCUUAAUGUGAAGGGGUUUUUGGACGAUUUCUGCCCAUCUGACUGUCCUGCGUCUUUCUUCCCCAUGGCGGUGCUGUGCUGUGAUCUGGAUGCAGAGAAACGGCCUGCCUUUACUAAGCUGGAGGCGUGGUUGGAGAAUCUGAAGAUGCAUCUGGAGAUGGGCUUGCAUCUGGUGUCAGAGCUGGAGCACGUCCACCAAGACUUCUGGCAGAAAAACACGCUCGGCAAGAACAGAUUGCACACUCAUCCAGAGCAGCCUGAGUAGCCCUAGCUAGGGUCCAUGCUGAUGGUAUUAACUAGAGACAAUGACGACCCUACUGAAGGAGGGCGAACAAGGGCAGUGAGCGGCCACGGUGUGGUGAAGUCCACUAGAGGACUUUGAAGACCACUCCGUGCAGCCUGAUGGCGUUAAGACACCAUGCUUCUGGAAAUCCAAGCGCCAAAUUCAACCUGCAAAUUGUUUGUUCUGCCUCAGUGUUACGUCACUGUUCUGUGUAUUCAUCAUCUACUGUCAUAUCAUCGGUUCUGGUUGAAAGGCACUUGACGCCAGUGUUUUGUUUGUGCAACAGUUGUUUGGAGCUUCGCUUGAGUCCGUUGAGUUCAUUUGUUCGCAAAACAUCAAUGUGAAAACACAAAUACACAUCACAAACACAUUUGUGGCAUAACAUGUCAAUCAUGCAUUUAUAACGCAUGUUUCAAAAUAGCUUUUGUUGUCGCAAUUGUUUGAUGCUCGUCAAUAGGUAUUGUUGGUUCAUUCACGUCUUGAUGGAAUUAUCAUAAUUAUGAGUUUCUGAGUAGUAAAGAUGGUUUUCUUUGUCAAAAGUUUGGAAACUGAAUUUUAUGAACGCUUAGACUUUUCCCACUUGACUGUUGAACAACCAAAACUGCUUUAGCUGCAACAGUUAAAAGUAGGCAAGAUAGUUUCGUCUCGUAAUUACUAUAAUUCUGACAACACAUGAACGCACCAUGUAUACAGAGUAUACGGACAGCUGUAUUUGGUCCUAUGUGCUGCAAUUGUUUGGCAUUCGUCAUUUGGUACUGUUGGUUUGUUCACAUAUUGUCGGAAUUGGUCGGAAUUAUUGUAAUUACGAGUUUCUGAGUAGUAAAAACUUUUAGGUCUUGAAAACUGUGAAUUUAAUGAAAGCUUCGACUUAUCCCACUUGACCAUUGACAUCAUAUAAAACUUUAAAAAACUGUGUUAGCUACAACAAUUACCGAAAUUACAAGAUUAAAGUACCUCAAAUAGGUAGUUUAAUCUUGUAAUUUCGGUAAUUCUAAUGACACGUGAAUGCACCGUUUAUACAGAGUAUACAAACCGCUGUGUUUGGUCCUAUGCACUACAUAGUGCUAUUGUUUGACGUUCGUCGUUUGGUACUGUUGGUUCGUUCAUGUCUCUACGGAAUUAUCACAAUUACGAGUUUCUGAGUAGUAAAAACGUUUUGUUCUUUGUCAGAAAGUCGUAAUUUUAUGAAAGCUUCGACUUUACCCUCUUGACCAUUGAUGUCAUAUAGAAAAAAAACUGCGUUAGUUACAACAGUUAAAGGUAGUCGAGGUAGUUUAAUCUUGUAAUUAUUGUAAUUCCGACGACAUAUGAACACACCAUGUAUACGGAGUAUACAAAACGCCAUGUUUGGUACUACACACUGCAUAGCAUCGAUAAAGUCUUGUCUUCACGUCCUUACGUUAGGUACACACCCUUAUCACAUGUAAACCAACAGUGUUGGUUGCACUAAUAUUCCUCGCCUGUUCUCGCAAGGCGAAUCCGGGCAUAUCCCGUGGUGUAAAUAGCGAAUUAUAGAACAUGCUGUAAAUGUUUGAUAUAUUGUAUAUGUGCAGACAUUAUUUUGUAUACUGAUUCCACAUUUGCGUAUUUUUGAUUUGGAUACGUGUUAAAACGCAAGACAUCAAUGGCUCAGUAAAAAUACUUUUCCAGCGACUUCCUAUUUGUGUGAGGAAAACGCAAAAAACACGAGAUAUAUGAACUAUGGGUUUCUCUCUCUUGUUUAAGUUUGCUGCUCGCUUAUACCGAUUAGGGUACUUGAUUUAUUGUCCUUAAGUGAAUGUCCCUUGACUAUUGCUUGCAAAUUAUUUUACUCUUUAAUGCAGAAUUGACUUGUUCAGAUAAAACUUGAUCAAGAUCUUGUACUUUAUUGAAAACGUACCAAAAUCAAUUGCUUGUUACUUUUGGACGUGCUGCCACUGAUAUCUGAUUUGGAUUCAGUUUCUUCCCAGGCUUGUGAUUAUUGUGAUUGGCACUUUCCACAAAAAGGGUACAGAAUAGGGUCUGAAGAUCUUAUAAAAUGGAGUCAGAACUUUUAUUUUUUCUUCAACAAAGUAUCAUUUAAAGAAAGUGCUUACCCUUCAGGAAAUGUUGUUUGACCAUUUUUAGUUUGGUUUGGGUUCCCUCUCAGUACCUUUAUCCAUGCCUUACAAAACAAUUAUUGUAGUUUUACUACAGUAACUAUAUUUGAAGUAAAAGCAUAACUUGCCAAAACUUAGGGCAUGUCGAUAGUUUAAAACCCUGAUUAUUGUGAAUUUGUUAUCUUCUAGCAACAAUAUUUUACAAUUAAAACUAUGCUAGAAUGGGUAACAGGUUUGUUGCUUAAAUUAAGCAGUAUGCUAGUAAGUUUGGGACGAAAUGUUGGUUUGUACUUUUUGCAAAAUGUAUAUUUCCCUUUAAUUAAAGAAAUAUAUUUGUUUGUCUCAUAAUAACUGUGGUAACAGAGUUGAAUGCUAGAGAAAAAAGUCAUGAAACGCCAUUUUAUACCCUAUUUGUAGAAAAUGCCGAUUGUGUUUUGGAAAAGUCAAGCUUGAUUUUAGAUUCACAUUGUACGGUUUGACUCUGGGUCGAUCGUCACUUGGGAACAGGUGAAAUGUGGCAGGAUGGAGCUGAAUGUGUGUCGAUGUUUCGCGCAUCUCCCCGUGGGAGUCCUCGUGUUUACACAAACGCUGCUGCCUGUAAAUAUCGUCCAGAAAAUGCUUCUCUUGCUGCUUUCUCCAGAGGUAAUGCUGCAUGUGUACCUCGCUGGCUGUUACGUCCUCUGCUAGCGAUCCAGCUCUUCGCAUCAUGAUGAACAAAUUUUGUUAUUAUAAAAUCAAACUCAGAGCAGGAAAAUUUGUACAGACAGAUAUCAAGGGCCAUUAAAAGAUAUUUAAAAAAAGACAAAAAAGUAAAAACACAGCCUCUGUUUAUCUUUUUGAAUAGAACCACUAUUAUCUCUUUUAUAAAAAAUGUUUAAAUGAUUUUAUUUGCACUAUGUUAGAAAACGGUUGCCGUUGUUUCUUUGGUUACUCAGAGAUUGAGAUGUUUAGUUAUUAAAUGAAUGCAAGUCACUGAUGGGGCCUUUUGUGAAGUUUGGCUCCUUUGGGCCCGUCUCCUGAGCAGCACACUGAUCAUUACGUGAAAGAACCAGCAAACUGAGUCCAUUUAAGUCAGUUUCAUCAUUGAGUUGAUGUGACUAAAUGUGUUUUUUUUUUUUCAUUCAUCAGACAUGUAUUUCUUUUAGUUAAGAAAGAUAGUUCAAUCGCAGACAUGUCCUUUACGUUCAUUGUUCGUAUUUAAUAUCAAUAUUGAGAUCAAUAAUAUCAGUAUUGUAAUUAACAAAAUAAGCCAUAUUACUAUUAAAGCCAUUACUUAGAAUUGAUGUGUCCAGUGUUCAUAACCAAAAAAAUUAAAUUAAAUUAAAAAUACUGAUUGACAGAUACAGUAUGACCCCAAGCAAAGUUUUACAUCUAAAAACCUUGAGGUAAGCAUUAAAGUUGACAUGAAACCAAAAUUGACCCCACGUUGCAAAAAACAUAAUUUAUUAUAUAGUAUUUUUAUCUUGUUUUCCAGUAAAGAUAAGCAAAAAUUCUUAAAACAAGAUAAAUUUACUUGAGAAGCAACAUUUUGUAAGAUAUUUUUUCUUUUUCAGAAAAAUUAUAACAAAAAUUUAGCAAUGUUUUUGGUUAUAACAAGCAUAAAUUUGCCACCUGGGAACAGCAAAAACUUAAUUUAAAGGGAAAACAAGAUUAUUUUUCUUACCCCUUUGGAGAAUAGUUUUUUCUUGUUAAAAGCAUGAACCCCACCAAACGUUGUUUGAUUUCUUUGAAAAGAAGACUUAAUAUCUAAUGCCAUUCUGCUUCUCAAGUAUUUUUUUUUUUCAAGGUUUUUUUUUUCUUUUUUUCUCAGUUUUCUAUAUUUGUGAUGGGAAAUAAGAUAUAAAUACUCAGUAGGGGGAAAAAAAUCAUUUUUCUUUUCUUUGCAGACUCGGGCAGCAAUUUGAGUUGAAUCUUUUCGAAAAAUAUAUACAACUUUUUGUCCCCAGUCCAUUCAAACGAACUUGUUUUUUCUCCGUGUCUCCCCCUGCUCCUCAACAAUCGACUCAUCUACCACAUAUGGGCUGAAUCUGAAAAUCUGAAAACGUAGGCAGCUGACUUGCUGCCUAAUCCAGUAAUGGCAAAACUAACAUCUGUUUUGAAUGAAUGGAACUCUUAAGGAAACUGGUCUCCAAACAGUUUGAAAAGCACCUUAUUUUCAUCCUGCCUCUGUAUACAGCCUCUGAAGGUAGCAUUUUCCUGGUUUCAGGAAUGGAGCUAUAAAAUACCAGUUUCCAACGCAGCACCGGUUUCGUGGUCAUGCCUAAAAAAUCUAUUGCCCUCUUGUGGUCUGAGGUUUGUAAACGCCAGAGCAAUGCAAGAGCGCAUGUAAUGUUUGUACAAUGGGGCCACGCGUUGGCCAAGCGCUCGCAUCUGUGUUUGCGUACUUGCGUGAAGUAUGUUUCAGCCUUUAUAUUGUGCAUGAUUCAAGCAUGUAAUUUACAUUUACACAUAUUGGCAGACACUUUUAUCCAAAGCGACUUACAUUGCACUUAUUACAGGGACUAUCCCCCCAGAGCAACCUGGAGUUAAGUGCCUUGCUCAAGGACACAAUGGUGGUGGCUGUGAGGAUCGAACUGGCAACCUUCUGCUUACCAGUUCUGUGCUUUAGAACUACACUACACCACCACUCCCUAUGUAAUAACUUGCUCCGCCUCUGAAACAGCUUUCUUUUUAGGGUCACUUGCGAAUAGUUAAUAGAAAUAACUAUUUAAGUUGUUUUACUCAAAUUUUGCCGAUAGUUAACACUAUAAUGAAAUGCCAGUUAACGUAUAAGAGCUUACGGCAAUAACAGCAAAUAAUGAUAGCAAAUAUAUAAUAGCACAUAAAUAACGAUCUCAUAUGACAUGCCCACUUUCCAUCAUUCAGUCAAUUCCCAGUGGAUAAAAUUUAGUACAUUUUCAUUGAAUAUCCUGUUUCGCUCUGAAAUCCAUUACAUGACAGGUAAAACGGUUUGCAAAUGCUGUUUCAUGUUGACUUUAAUACCAUUACACACCAUUAUCAUUUCAGUCGUGUUCUUUGAGAGUUGCUGCUCAGGAGGUGGGCACUAUGGCCAAACUGCUGCCUACAGAGAGGUCUCUAUGAAAGAUGUUAUAACUGCAUAAUCAUGUUCACUGUCGUGUAUGGUUGGACCACUGCUAACAUUUACAGAAAAGAAGAGCACUUAAAUGAUGUAGUCUAGCUUUUAACUUUGUAGAAGUCCAACUCAGGGUAUCAUUAUUUAAAAACCAUCACGUCAUUACUGGAUAUCACAGUACAAGCAAGUACACCUCAUGAAUGACUCAUAAACAUCAAUGUGAACGCAAAUGUUUGGGCAUUUACCCUGAACAUUAUCUUGUCCAAUCAAAUACCGAAGCAGUUCCUCUCUCGAAAUGAUCAUUUUUACCUCUCGACAUUGCUGUGCCUUUGUUUUACGCUAGCCUUGCCAACGACUUGUAGCGUGUUUUGAGCCUGAUGAGUUGAUUUGAAAUCAUUGCUUACAUGUUUCAACGAGAUAUACUCUUGUUCCUGUACAUAUUUAUAUUGUCAGUGUCUACAUUGUCCAGUUUGAUAUUUUAGGUUCACGGUUCUGUUUUGUUUUUUCCUGUAAUUUAAUGUUUUUACUGAAGCUGUGAAAUAACUCUGCACUUUAAACAUUCUGGCCAUGAACGUUGUAAAAUUAAAGGAGUGACUGUAUUUCAGCCCAGAAUAAACUGACGCUCCUGAUGUUA